AUGUACUUCCUGUAUAAAAGUAAAAGAUUUAAUGAUUCUCCCAAUUCAUCUACAAGAGUAGAAAAAUUGUAUGAUAUUCGUAAUGAUUCUGAUUUUCUGAGUGCUGGAGUUAAAGAAAGCUCUGAAGAAAGCAGUCAUUAUGAUGAUAAGCCAGCUAAACAGCAAUAUUAUUACCACGCAUUUAUAUCCUAUGUAGGCAAGAAUUGGGGGUUUGUAUUCCAGAAGAUGAAACCAAAACUGGAAGCUAAAGGUUUGAGGUUAUUAAUUCGUGAUAUUCACUUCGAACUUGGUUAUUCUAAAACUAAUAACAUCAUGAGAGCAAUAGGGAUGAGUAACAGAACUAUUUGUGUUGUGUCGAAAGAGUAUCUAAAAUCAAAAUGGCGAACAUAUGAAUUAAAUAUGGCGAAAAUGGAAGGAAUAAACAAGAGAGGAUCCUUAGGAUAUGUCCAUCUUAUUCUAAUGCCUGAUUUGUUUGAAGGAGGUUGUGACACAACUAUAAAAGAUUUUAUCGAGGAAAAAUAUUUUCUUGACUCUCCACCGGAAGAUUCGUCCCUGCAGAAGGAAUUCUGGUAA